AUGGCACAAAGAGCUGCUCCGGCUGCUGAGCUGUCUGGUCGCGUGGUGGGACUGCCAAGCUUAGUUGGUCAAGCCAUUGCUUUACAGGGCCCGGACGCGUCGCAGAAGCGUGCAUCCGUGCGAGCAGGGGCGGCAGUCAGCUUAACACCUUCCCUGGCCAAAAUCGCCAACAAAGAUGUCGUAGUGGAGCUCCGAGGCCUACCCCAGGCGCCGCCUUUCAAGGUGGGUGGUCGUUCCGGGAAUGCUGUGACCAGCAGCCAGUCCAGCAAGAUCCAUCGAGGGUGGCGCAUUGUGGCAGUAUGUGGCCAGCGUGUGCCCGCAGAGGAGGUCCCAGCCGCACUCUCCGCUGCUCAGAAGUCCGCAAAGUACUCCGUGACCUUCCGUCUCAGCACGGAGGAGGAGUUCUCCAAGGAGAAGGACCAAAAGGAGGAGGAUCAGGAAGAGCGAGAGCGAGACCUGGACAUUGAGCGGGAGCAGGCCCGACUUCGAGAAGAAGAGUCAAGGAAAGAGCGUGAGAGGAUGGAGGAGGAACGACUGGAGCGCGAGUUGCAAGAGCAGAAGAGGCUGGCGGAAGCGGAGGCAAAGGCUCUACAGGUAGCGCGACAAGCUGCCGAAAAGAGCUUAGAGAAAUCGACAGGUCUCCCUGCACGCGACAAGGUCCAAGAGCCCCAAAAGGCUUUGCUAGCAGCGCUGGCGCCGGCAGCACCUGCAGAAGCCAAACCAGUUGCAAAGCCCAACGGCCCCUGCGAUAAGUGCGAUGGGCCACAUGCCACGGAUGAUUGCCCACACUUCAAGAAGCCCCGGGACGACCACAAGGAUGCUUACGAGAACUAUCAGAAGGAAGGCGCAGGGAAAGCCGAGGCCGAGUUGGUAUCGGAGAAGUUGCCGAAGUCUGCCCGGGUUUUGCCACAGCCCGGAGAUGGGUCCUGCCUCUUCCACUCCUUGAGCCACGGCCUGAAAAAAAAGGGCCAGGGCGCCUCCGCACUCCGCGCCGAGAUCGCGGACUACAUUGCGACCCACCCAGAGGAGGAGGUUGCUGGGAACCCAAUCUCUGACUGGAUCCUUUGGGAUUCAGGAGAAGAUCCGAAGGCCUAUGCCCUCUCGAUGAGGGAGGGUUCCCGCUGGGGUGGUGCCAUGGAAAUCGCUCUGUGCGCCAAGCUGCAUCGCGUUCGGGUGGACAUCUUCGAACGAAGAUCGGACCACUUCCUGCGAAUAGCAUCUUUCGGGGAAGCGGAAAAGUUCGAGCCCGUGAGACUCCUAUAUGGAGGCCGAGUUCACUACGAUGCUCUCGAAGUGUGCUGGGGCCGACCGCUGAGUAUCCCGGCCGCUGAAGGUAGUGGGAGGAAUCACGACCUCAGCUUUGCAAGCGCUGUUGAGACGAGUUCCAAGCACAGCAUGUCUACGCCGACCGUCGCAAACCGCUAUUUCGCAAUGCGAAUUCCAACCAGUCGUCAUCAGUUUCAGAGAGACGUCCCAGAGGAUAUCCAGCCUAUAAGCAUCGCAAUUGUCGGGCGGCCGAACGUGGGCAAGUCGACUCUGUUCAAUCGCCUACAGUCUGGUACACGGCGGAAGAAGCGGGACCUAGACCACCGCGCCAUCAUCAGCGAUCGUGCAGGCACCACCCGCGAUCGCAAAGACGCGCUGGCGUUGCUAUAUGGGCUGCUGCUCCGAGUCAUUGACACGGGCGGACUUGAAAGCCCGAAGGAGACUUCUGCAAACACGCUGCUGCAGUCUAUGCAGGAGCAGGUGUGGAGAGCGAUCGCAGAGGCGCAGGCGAUCCUGUUCCUCAUCGAUGCACAGGAGGGCAUCACCCCAAGCGACCUUGCGAUUGCCAAGAUGCUUCGUGAUGGGGCAGGGAAUGCAGAUCGCUACCGGGACCUUUUCAAGACGGAGACGCCGAGGGAUGUCCCGAUCAUCCUCAUUGCCAACAAGGCAGAGAACACUUUCAUCGGCCCUUACUUGAACGACUGCUACGAGCUCGGGGUGGGAGAUCCGGUCAUCAUCUCUGCCAAGCAAAACCAAGGCAUGGACGAUCUCUACGAUCGGCUGCUUCUAGAAGUUGGCCACCUUCAGCAGCAGGAAGAGGAAAAUCCGGGCACUGCUUUCAUGCCAACCGACGAGGAAGGCAUGUACAUGCAAGGUCUGGAGGGCGAGGGGAUGGCCGAGGAAGCUGAGGAGGAAGAGGCCGAGGGCGACCUUGAGGACGAGGAGGAGCUCAGUGGACAGAGCGACUCAGAGAGUGGCCCUCCACCAGGACCCACCUUGCCUUGGUUGACUUUGGACAUGCCGGAGCAGAAGUGGAGGUCUUUGAGGUACUAUGCGCAUCAUCCCUCUGAUCCUCUCGGUGCAUUGGACCCGGGGCUCAAGGCAGCUGUUAUGCAUGACGACGGAAGGCGAAUUGGCAAGUAUUGGCUUGGAGCCAAACAGCGCUCGCUUCCGACCAAAGAGGCAAGGGACUACGUCUUGCGGCAUCGUCGUGCUCAAGAGAUGGAGAACGCCAUGAAGGUGGCGAUUAUUGGGCAGCCGAACGGCGGAAAGUCCAGCAUCAUCAAUGCGCUCCUUCAGGAGGAGCGUUGUGUGGUGGACGAAGCGGAUGGCACGACCAUGGACUCCAUCAUCACUAACUGGACGUUCAAAGAGCACCCGGUGAAGCUGAUAGACACGUGUGGGAUCUACCGAGGCUGGCAGUACUCCGGUACCACUGCAGAGUUUGUGCAGCCUGGCAUGGGCACGCGCAAGGCCAUUCGACGAGCGCAUGUCUGCGUCCUCUGCCUUGAUGCCCAGCGAUAUGCCAAGAUGACGCACAACAGUUGUCCGAACAAGUUUGAGAUCAACUUGGGCAACUUCGUCGCGGACGAGGGCAAGUGUUUGAUCAUCGUCCGGCCGAGGGAGCAAGUGAUGCCGGUGCUGUCUCCGGAGGCUGGGGACUGGGGCCAGGAGGCGGCCUUGGACUCGUUCCAGCGCGUCGCUGGGGGCGAGGGCGUUGUGGCAGCGGUGCUUGUCGACCCGGAUGGGGAUGCUGCAGAGCGCUUCGGGCCAGCAGUCGCCUGUCGUGCGAUGACGAGCAUGAUGACCAGGACGUGCCAAGCACGUGGUCGUUCCAGCCGUUGGAGACGACGGCGAGGCCACGCGGUCCGAGUCGCGCGCGCUCCAAAGCUGAGCGAGCGGCCCGAGCUCUCCACGCCCAGCACAGCAACGGAGCCCAGCACUCCGGUUGUGACCGAUUUCCUCGACAGCCAGCCGGGUCUGGCAAAGGAGAAGCUGGACUUGUGUAAUUGGAUGGCUGCUCUCCCAGAUCAGCUUCCACUUUGCAAGGUGUCAAUACCCGGCACGCAUGACUCGGCAACUUUUCAGAUGUGGCCUUUGCCAGUGAAUUGGGCCUACGUCCAUGCUUACGGCCAGACGCAAGACUGGGAUAUCUCUGCUCAACUUGCCGCAGGGGUCCGCUUCCUCGACCUGCGUGUGAAGGCUGACGGCUGGCUCUAUCACGGACCACUCGCCUGUGCCUUGACUCUCGAGGCAGCACUCCAAACUUGCCAUUCGUUCUUGCAAGAGCAUCGCAGCGAGCUGCUACUGCUGCGUAUCAAGGACGAGGAGCGCAGCCGGGAAUCAGCCCACAGGGUUUAUGAGCUCGUGAAGAAGUUCGCCAAGUACAUGCCUCUUUAUUUCAGUCAGCAAUCGUGUUUGGUUUGCGACCUCCGCGGCAAGAUGCUAGUGUUGCAAGACUGGCAAGGACCGGAGAUCACGCUGCCUUGGGGCAACUCUACCAUGAAGAUCCAGGAUUUCUGGAACCCAGGCUCACUGAAAGAGAAGUGGGUCGCCGUGCUCAAGCACCUGCGGGGCGCGCCGCGCAGACAAGGGGAACAGCUCUGCGCCAACUUUCUAAGUGCACAGUCCUUCCCACGGCGGACGCCGCGGUAUUUCGCAGGCAUCCUUAACACCCGCUUUUGCGCCAGCGUCUCGCGCAGACGAUACAGUGCACUCGGAAUUGUGGUGAUGGACUUCCCCACGCAGGAGCUCAUCAACCAGAUCAUCCGCACAAAUUUCAUCCAGGCGCAGGUUCCGGCCACGCGAGUUCUUCAGACCUUGGAGAGCUGCUGCCGACAGUAUGCCUCCACUCUCCGGGAUAUCGACCGGGCUGCGGGGGCGAAGCCUGCGAGCAGUGCUGUCGAGGAGUACGUUGAGAAGCUCUCUGCCGUAUACGCACGCCUACUGGUGCAAAGAAGCCAGUUCGCGAUAGUACCCUGGCUGAAGCACUACAUGUCACUACAUAUUACAUUUGUCUUGCAAGUUAACUGGCCAUCCUUCCUGCACCAAGAGCUCCCAUCCAUUCUCUUCUUGCCGUGUGAUUGGCCAGAUUGUACCAGCUUGUAUGUCUUUGCGGCUUCUUGUCGAAGUGUUGUUUGGCUCGAGCAGGAGUUGCUCGCCUGCAUCGCCCUUCCGAAAGAACCACAGACCAUAACUAGGAUCAAGGCAAAGCGAGCGAGCCGCAGCACAAGAGCCAGCCCUGAUUGUGAUAUGGACGUCCUCCACGUAGUGAUCACGUAG